UACCGUAUUGGUUAGCGUCAAAUUUUCUGGGCAGUCCACAAAAUUAUGUAAAAAACCCUGAAAAGGCCCAAGGGUAUGUAUUUCAGGAUCCCAAACCCUCAUCUGACCCUAGCUUUGCUCAACCGAUUUGCGCCUCCCUGAAAGCCAAUGUGUGAAUCCAAGUGAAACAAAGUUAGUCAAAUGUCAAAACAUUGGGUAAAAAUGGCCGUGACACGCCCUGAAUAGCAACCACGCCCCUGACCAGCCACCACUGGGUCUUAAAAUGGCCGGCCCCACUUUAAAUCUGUUGGAUUUGCCCAACGAAGUGUUGGAUUACAUCUUGUCUUUACUGCAUCCUUCGUCGAGUUUAUUUGAAUGCGGGCAAACCUGCGGACGCUUGGCCUUGGCCGUGGAACGGGUCUUGGCUCACAUGGCCGUUGAACUACCCAAAUCCGUGAAGGAUCAAUCCUUAAUUUGGCGAAGUGAAAGAACCCUGGAAACCCGAAGUACUCACAUCCCUCAGGGUUGCGAAAUUAGUAAAAGAUACAGCCAUUCCGCUUGCUAUGAUGAUAACUCGUAUAGUAUGUACGUCUUUGGUGGGUGCACCUCAACUUCCACCACAUUUAACGACCUAUGGAAAUUGGACUUGAAGACAAGAACUUGGCAAAGGCCUCUCUCUACCGGAACAUAUCCAAGUCCUAAGGCAUGCUCCACCAUGGUUUUAAGUCAAGGCCAAUUGUACCUUUUCGGGGGUUGGACUCACCCCAGUCUUUACCCACUUCAUCAAUCGUGGCGCCUUUUCAAUGAAUUACAUUGUUACGACAUCGAGCAGAAUCGGUGGUCCCACUUGACCCCGGUGGGAGUGGCCAAGCCUCCUUCGAUGGCUGGCCAUUCUGCCACGGUUCAUGAAGACAUUAUUGUCGUUUUUGGUGGACUUCAAAAGCAACGCAAUCACAUCGGACAAUUCUGCAGCUCCAAUGAUGUUUGGUGCUUCAACAUAACCACAUUUACGUGGUAUCAACCUGACAUUCCCUCACCCAAACCCAAUCCUCGAUAUGGUCAAUCUCAGCUCUGGUUGGAUGAUAAGCACCUCCUCAUUUUGGGUGGCUGUGGAGGACCCAACAAUCUUUACGAUGAUGUUUGGGUCCUAUCUAUGGAACAACCUCACUGGAAGUGGAUCAGUAUUGCGGUCAAGAACCAAGAUCAAGCUCCGCAUCAUCUAUGGUGCCAUCCAGCCUGCAAGGUGGAUGGCUACGCAAUAAUUCUUGGAAAGCGGCGGUUAAGUGCCAAGCCAACGGCCACUCCUCACAAGCAAGAGCUGGAAAAGGAUCACCAAUGGACGAUGAUUCCAUCAGCACGUCAUGGUGUGAGCAGAGGAUACAGUUCCAUCCGGGUAGUGCGGAGAAGCCCCAAUGGCAACAGCAACAACAACAUCAACAACAACAACAGCAAUAGCCAACCCGAAGCAGCCAGCAGGCCCUCUUCAGAACUUUGUAGCAAUAGUGACAGUGAGAUGGAUACUUCCGGAGAUUUGUCGGUGGAACCAACGAAUGGUGCUAUCGGGGACGAGCCUCCCACUUCUACCUUCAAGUCCUCUGUGACUUUAGAAAUUCAGCAAAAUGCGGAGGAUGCUCAACCUUCGACCUCCAGGGGGCUUCCAGAUUUGGACGGCAAAAGUGGACCAUUGGAACCCAAAGGGGUACGACCCUCGUCAUUGGAACGACAAUCGUCGGUGCCAGAGAAUUUGGGUGCUCGACCAAAGAUUGUCCACCUGGAGUCGGAUCAUCGAAGGAAGUCUUCCCUCUCCCAGUUACCUCCUUCUCAAUUGGCCCGCCUCCAGGCAUUCAGCUCUGGCUCCCCUGGGACUUAUAACAUCACCUCAUGCUCAGCCGGUUCCGGAACGAAUUCGUCAAGUCCAAAGACGAAACAACAAGAAACCCGGCAGCGCCAAUUGGAUGCAAUCAAACGGAUGGAGGAUCGAAUCAAAAAAUUGGGCAGUCAAGAAGAGCCCAAAGUCAACCCUGAACCCGUGACAUCGACACCAGCCAAGUGUGUGUGUCAUCGGCUCUCAGCACACGUUUUGGACUUGGGCCAGGCAGUCUCCGAUCAUGAAGUGAAAUGGUUGGAGAUUCGUAGCUUUUUAGGUCGUGAUUCGCCCGAAGAAACGAUUUUGUACUCCUUGGUUAAAGCUCGCUCGGAGUUAAUACUCUUUGGCGGCAUUCAUAAAGAUAUCAGCUCCAUGGCGUCUCGAUCCCAACCGGCCUCGUCAAGUGACACGGUGUCAAACUCGUUGUUUUAUUUGGUCCCACCAACCACCAUUGGUUAAUCAAAACAUCUAUUGUUGUCAAUGUAUCCAAACAAUACAAUCGAUCGCAACCCCUUCGCACCGCUAGUUAAGCACGCGGUUGUUAACCUUUGUGAACGUAUGGAACUCUUCUUUUCAG